AUGGAAAUUAUAUCUGGCAAAAAGAGCAAAUCCUUCAUUAAAAAUUCAUAUUCUAUCCUACACACGGUUUGGAGCCUUUAUGGAUCAAACAAACUAUGUGACAUUGUUGAUCCAAUCCUAGAGGGAAAUUAUCCGGCGGAGGAAGCAUGCAAACUCCUUAAGAUAGGGUUGCUCUGUGCACAAGCAUCUGCAGAACUUAGACCACCAAUGUCAGUAGUUGUGAAAAUGAUUAAAAACAAUCAUGAAAUUACUCAGCCAACACAACCCCCCUUUCUUAAUUGCAGUAGUGCAGAAUUCAGCAAAUCUAUUUUACCGGAAGACAGUUUUCAGCCUAGAUCCUACCCUCAAUCUUCAGAGGAAAGCAUGACCGAAGGCCUGAUUCAGCAUAAAUGGAUAUGGUCACUGGUAGAAACAACAACAGGAGCAAAGCAUCAAAGUAUUCAGACAGCUUCAGUUACAGUGCGAGAUCAGAUAUGGAAACAUUUUCAGGCAGGGACUGCUGAACAAUUAUUUGAUCCAAAUCUGGAGUUACAGGAAGACCACAACGGCGAUGUUAAGGAUGAGAUUUUGAGAGUGGUUCACAUAGGACUUCUAUACACCUAA